GGGACAUAAAGCAGUUUUGAAAAUGGCGGAUAAAGAGAAGAAAAAGAAGGAGAGUAUUUUCGAUUUGUCGAAAUACAUCGACAAACAUAUCAGAGUUAAGUUCCAAGGUGGUCGUGAAGCUAGUGGUUUCUUAAAAGGCUUCGACCCGCUGUUAAACCUUGUGCUGGAUGGCACCAUUGAAUACAUGAGAGAUCCUGAUGACCAGUAUAAGUUGACUGAAGACACCAGGCAGCUCGGUCUGGUUGUGUGUCGAGGGACGUCCGUUGUGCUAAUCUGUCCACAGGACGGGAUGGAAGCCAUUCCAAACCCUUUCGUUCAACAGCAGGACGGAUAAUAUACACACUAAUGCACAUCGAGACCGUUAUUCUCAACCCUGUUCCUGGAGGCCCCGCAACACGGCACAUUUUGUGUAUCUCCCUUUUCUGAUACACCCAAUUCAGGUCUUGGAGUCUCUGCUAGCGAGCUGUUGAGUUGAAUCAGGUGUGUUUGAUUAGGGAGAUAUCCAGUAGUGUUGGGGGGGCCUCCGUGAACGGGGUUGGGAACCUCUAUUAUGGGUGGCUUUUUGUUAGGUCUGAAAUCAUGGAUAGUGAUGUCACUGAUUUAAAAAAACUUUUUGUAUUUAGACUCAGGAUCACUGUUGGUUUUGUUUCUGCAGUUUAUGAAACUCAAACGUAUUGGUCUGUUUUGUGUGUGUUGAUUAUGAUUUUUGAAAUAUGUGACAUGUUUAUGAAAAUGGAAAAUGUUCCGCUGGUUCUUUCAGCUUUGUUUUAAUAUUGCAGUUAAUUUGGACAUUAAUAAACACGUGAGAUUUCAUCUUUUCUAAUAUAAGCAAAAACUACGUUUACGACUGUACCUCAAAGGGUGGAUCCCACAGGCUUGUUUUUUGUUUUAAGCUCUUGUAGACACAAAUUAAGACAUAGGAAAGCAUUAUAUUGUCUUAAUGGAAACUGUAUUUACAGUAGCUUACAUUUGAAUACAACUAGAGGCCUUCAGAUAACAGAUUGUCGUUUACCUUAAUGGUGUCCCCUCCUCUGUUUAACACUGUUAACACACAAAGUGACUAUAUAGACUCAAUUCUGGGACCCUUUUGGGGGAAUGUUUUUUCUGCAGUUAUCAAGUUGUAAUUGAGUAAACGUAAAAAAUUAAAAAUAAUUCUAAUAACAAUGACAAGAAGUUGGUGUUUGUGAGUGCAAUCUCUAUUAAAUAAUUGUU